GUCGGUGUUGUGUAUUCUCAGUGAGAGGUGGGUUGAUGUUUCCCAAAGAUAGUUGACCAGUGAUAUCAGUAUAAGACAGACCUAAGAGAGCCAUCAUCAGAGCCAUGAUGAAGACUUUGUGUGUUGCUGUUGUUGUGCUGAGCCUCACCUCAGUGUGUCAGUCUGCAUCGCUGGCAUGUGAGAGGCUGCUGAAGCCAGUGGACAAAGGUCCAGAUUUGUCUGGAAGAUGGUACCUUAUAGCCGUGUCCUCAGACAUCUGUCUGGCUCCAUUAGUAUAUGCUUUGUGGCCAAGUAUUGCAGUGAACAUUACCUCAAAGGACACACCAAACAACUAUGAUGCCGACUUAAGGCUUAGCACGUAUGAAUAUUGCAUUAACGGAUCUGGCAAUUUUUUCUACGGGAACAACACCAUCUUUGAAUUUGCGGAUGCCCCAACUGAUGAGCCAAAUGUGCUGCUGCAAAGUGGCUGUCCUGACUGUGUCGUUAUGAGGAGGAAUGAAACCAGCGAACAUUUGUUGCUCUUUAGUAGGAGACGGAAUGUCUCUGCUGAUGAGCUGAAGGAGUUUGAGACACAGGCAGAUUGCCUUGGCUGGUAUAAACCAGAGGUCCUAAACUCAGAUCACGAAUAUGAAAACUGCACGGUAGUUGACGACAUAAUUGAAGGUGUUCUUUCACUAUUACCAGUCAAGAUUUGUCAGCGACUACACAAAAACUACACAGUGCCACUCAACUGUCAUUCAGACAAAUAUCCUGAUUGGACUGCUCUACUACACUUAUGUGAAGAUACUGAUGUUUACAACGAUCCCUUGUUAUCUACUGAAACCCAGAGUGAAAUCUAACAUAGCUGCAAGCUUAAUAUAUACAAUAUCAUAAUUUAACAGGUACUUUCCAUUUGGAAGUUGCUGUCCCAACCCAUGACCCCCAAAUUUCAACAUAUGAAAAUAUGUGGGAAAAAAAUCCCAUUGUUGUUUUUAAAAAGAUUGUUUUGGUGUUCUAUAUUUGUGUUUUUUUAAAUAAUGAAACUUUAUGUAAAAAAGGUUGUCCCGCAUUUUCAUCUCACAACCAGGUUGCAACUGAAACAGUGUAUGUUUUAGUUUUAGUCCACUCCAAACUGAGUAGAUAUGUCCCAUCAAAUCAGAUAAUCAGAAAAUCAGUGUGUAACUUUAAGGAACAUCACUACUGAACACCAAUUUUCUGCAACUGAGUCAUGUGCCAUGUACUGACUAGCAUCUCUGAGACUCAAAAUUAUCUAAAAAUGUCACUAUCAAAACAGUUACAGACACAGGAGAAUGUAUAUACACAGGACAGAUAAUCUGCAAUUAAACAACAUUGUCACUUUAUUCAAUAAAGGUUUAAUAAAGGUU